UCCUCAUCACACACCACGUCCAAGUACAAUGCUAUUGGCGAGACUGCCUCGGCAUCGUCUCUUGAGGAAUUCGACACCGUCAUGAAGGAUGGCAAGCGCCACUACCGAUGCGACGUCUGCCACAAGCUCUUCGACCGUGCCUUCAACAUGAAGACCCAUCGUGUCAUUCACGAGUCUUACCGAGAGCACCCCUUCGCCUGCCCCUUUGACGAGUGUGGCAAGCGAUUCUCUCGCAAGGCCGACUGCAACCGACACACCAAGAGUGUCCAUCUCCGAAAGGGUCAGACUCUCAAUGGGCGACCACUCGCCGUCGUCGUCGACGUCGGCUAGUGACCCACACAAGUCUACAUUUGUUAACUGAAACAGUCGACCCGUGCAGGGCGUCUGUCGAGUUCUUCGACCUCUUCAUCAGUUCGCAACAUCGUCCUUGGGCUUGCCAAAGGCG